AUGGUGAACACCCUGGGCAAUGGUGCGCCUCAGGCAGGCCUGACCAGCCAGCUGAAUGAGUGCACACUGUUCUUCCUGUACCUGGCCAUUGCCUCCUUUCUGGUCUGCUACCUGGAGAUCGCCAUGUGGAUGCUCACAGGAGCUCGGCAGGCCACGCGGCUGAGGCAGAAGUACAUGCAAGCCGUGCUCAGGCAGGACGCGGCCUUCUUUGACGUGCAUGCCAGGAGCGGAGACCUGCUGCAGGGCCUCAACGAGGACACCUCUGCCAUUCAGCUCGCCAUCGGCGAGAAGGUCUGCGCACACAUUGAGUUACGUGUGUCUUGCCCAUGCAGCAUUGGGUGGGACAUGACGCUAGUCAUCCUGGCAGCAACGCCAGUUCUGGCGGGUGUGGGCAUUGCGAUUGGCAUAGUCAUGGCGAACUUGGGCAAAAAGGCCUCGGACGCAUAUGCAAAGGCCAGCUCCAUUGUGGCAGAGAACCUGGGAAAUGUGCGCACCGUCCUGGCCUUCAACGGCGCAGACAGGGCCGUCAAAGCCUAUGAAGGGGCUCUGGAGGUGCCAAGGAAGAUGGGCGUGCAGCAGGGCAUCAUGCAGGGCAUCACCGUCGGCUUCACCAACUGCACCUUCCUCUGCUCCUACGCCCUCGCCUUCUGGUACGGAUCCACGCGCGUCCGCGCCGGCAAGUACGACGGUGGGGACGUCAUGAGUGUCCUAUUUGCAGCGCUCCUGGGCGGCUUUGCGCUGGGACAGGCCGCUCCCAACAUCCAGUUCUUCGCUGCCGCCAAGGUGGCCGGCGCUCGCGUGCUCGGCAUGAUCAACAGGAAGCCUGAGAUCGAUGACCAGGAGGAGGGGGAGCAGCCGGAGAGUGUGCAGGGCCACAUUGAGCUGAAGGGCGUGCACUUCAACUACCCGGCCCGCCCAGAGCUGCAGAUCUUCAAGGACUUCUCCCUCGACGUGCCCGCUGGCAAAACCGUCGCCCUUGUCGGGGAGAGCGGCAGUGGAAAGUCCACAGUCAUCCAACUGGUGGAGCGUUUCUAUGACCCUGACUUGGGCGCGGUCUUCAUUGACGGGCGUGACAUCCGCCAGCUGCAGCUCAAUUGGUACAGGCAGCAGCUGGGCAUUGUGAGCCAGGAGCCGACGCUGUUCGCGACCACCAUCCGGGCCAACAUCGCCUAUGGCAAGCCGGGCGCCACCGACGCCGAGAUCGAGGCGGCCGCGGCGUCCGCCAAUGCGCAUGGCUUCAUCUCAGCUCUCCCCAACGGGUAUGAGACGCAGAUCGGCGAGAAGGGGGUGCAGGUGUCGGGCGGGCAGAAGCAGCGGCUGGCGAUCGCGCGCGCUCUGCUGCGCAACCCGCGCGUGCUGCUGCUGGACGAGGCCACCAGCGCCCUCGACAACGCGUCCGAGCGCAUCGUGCAGGACGCCCUCUCCCGCCUCAUGGUCGGCCGCACCACAAUCGUCGUCGCGCACCGCCUCUCCACCAUUGCCGACGCAGACUCCAUUGCCGUUGUGAAGGGUGGGCGCAUUGUGGAGCAAGGCACGCACAAACAGCUGAUGGCGCUGCCCGAGGGAGCCUACGCAGCCCUGGCCAAGAUGCAGAUGGGCACUCCUGCCAGCAGCCCCCUCACCAAACAGGACCUUGAAGCAGAGACAGACAAGGAGACUGCUGCUGGCACCCCUGAAACUCCAAUCUCGCCUCAACAAUCCCUGGAGAAGCAGGGCCAGGCCGGUUUCGGGCGGCUGUGGCAGUACAACAGGCAGGAGUGGCCGCAUGGGCUGAUGGGCUGCGUGGGCUCCUUUGGCCUGGGCUUCAUGAUGCCCGGCAUGGCCUAUUGCAUGUCCUCCAUCAUUGCCGUCCUCUACAAUCCAGACCCAGCCCAGAUCCAGUCCCAGGUGUCCAAGUGGUGCGGAGUGUUUGCGGGCAUUGGCGGCGGCGCGGUCGUGAUGGGCGUGCUGCAGCAGUAUGGCUUUGCAUGCAUGGGCCAGAGCCUCACCAUGCGCCUGCGCGCACUCCUGCUCAGCUCCAUGCUCCGCCAGGAGGUGGGCUGGUAUGACAGGGAGGAGAAUGCAAGCGGAGCACUGGCAUCCCGCCUGUCCACCGACACUGCCGCCAUCCGGGGCGCCCUCGGCGACCAGGUGGGGUUGCUGGUGCAGAACCUGGUGACGUUUGCGGUGGCGUACCUGAUUGCCUUCUCGGCCGGCUGGAAGAUGACGCUGGUGGUCAUCGCCUCCAUCCCCCUCAUGAUCAUCGCAGGCGGCAUCCAGGCCUCUGUCAUGACCGGAUUCUCCUCCAAGGCGAGCGAGCUGUUCGAUGCAGCAAACCAGACUGCCUCGGAGGCGUUUGCAGCCAUGCGCACGGUUGCAGCAUUCCAGCUGGCGGGCCCCCUGUGCCGCGUGUACGAAGGGCUGCUGGCCAAGCCGCAGGCGGCUGUCUUUGCGCGCGCGCACGCCUCCGGCCUGGGAUUCGGCUUCAGCCAGUUUGCAGUGUUCUCCGUGUAUGCGCUGGCGUUCUGGUACGGCGGCCAACUCAUGCGCGCCGGCCAGAUGGAGUUUUCCCAGGUCCUCAAGGUGCUGUUUGCCAUCCUGCUGGCGGCACUAGGCAUUGCGCAGGCGCAGAUGUCAUUCCCGGACAUCACUCAGGCGGCCGCGGCCAUUGAGCGCGUCUUCGGCACCAUCGACCGCAGCCCCAGCAUCGACGCCCGAGACAGCUCUGGCAGGAAGCUGAGCUAUCUGGUGGGCGAUGUGGAGUUGCGCAAAGUGAGCUUCCGCUACCCGGCGCGGCCACAGGUCAGCAUCUUUGAGAACUUCAGCAUCCACGUCUCUGCAGGCACCAUCCUGGCGCUCGUGGGCCAGUCAGGGUCCGGCAAGUCCAGUGUGGUCAGCCUCAUUCAGCGCUUCUAUGACCCCCUCUCUGGACAGGUUCUGAUUGACGGCGUGGAUGUGAAAGAGCUCAACCUGCCAUGGCUGCGUCAGCAGAUGGCCCUUGUCAGCCAAGAGCCUGCUCUGUUCACGGGUUCAAUCCGGGACAACAUCGCGUACGGCUGCCCAGAAGCUACAGACGAGCAGGUGGUGGAAGCUGCCAACGCAGCAAACGCCAUGGCGUUCAUCAAGAAAGCACCAGCCGGCUUCCGCACACUGCUGGGAGAGGGCGGCGUACAGCUGUCGGGCGGCCAGAAGCAGCGCAUCGCCAUCGCACGCGCACUCAUCAAGAACCCCCGCAUCCUGCUCCUUGAUGAGGCCACGAGCGCGCUGGACGCAGAGAGUGAGGGGCUGGUACAGGAGGCGCUGCAGCGCAGCAUGCACGGCCGCACCACCAUCGUCGUGGCCCACCGCCUCUCCACCAUCCGCUCCGCCACCACCAUCGCCGUUGUACAGUCGGGGCGAAUCCUGGAGCAGGGCACCCACGAUGAGCUCAUGCGGGUGGCGGACGGCGCCUACGCGCUGCUGGUGCGCGCGCGGCAGCAGGAGCCGCCGCCGCCCAAGGCCGCCGACGACAGCCUCGAGGCCGCGGCCGCCGCCGAAGCGAAGGCCGCGGUGCCGCGCAAGUCCAUGGCGGCCCGCAAGAGCGUGGCCGCGAGAAAGAGUAUUGCCGCGCGCAAAAGUGUGGCGCCCGGCAGCCGGGCCGGGGGCGUGCGCGCGAGCGUGUUCGGCGGCGCCGAUCCGGAGUCGGCGGCCGGGAUGGCCGGAGGCGCGCGGCGCGGCGCGCGGACGAGCGUCGCAGGCGUCCAGAUUGCCGGGCAGGCUUUCAGCCGCAUGCGUGGGAGCGUGUUUGGUGGAUACUGA